GGCAACCAGACCCCGACUCUGAGGUUAGAUUUCUAACGUGCCAACACUAAACCACCGAGGGUUGCAGGCUACAGCCAUCUGAAGAGUUUUUGUCAGUGGCACGUUGUAUAACAUGACUCCUCAUACCUGUUGCCACUUAGCCACAGAGAAGGCCUGCUGAAUGGAGCCACUAGACUGUUGAUAAUUAACAUGUAGUUGGCCACUGGCUUCGCUAUGCUCGAUGGGGUGAAGCGAGCCACUUAUUCUCUCUGAGGUCCUUUUACUGCAGCGGUGACCUUUAACUUAGGGCCGAGCAGUCAUAUUGUGUGACAAAACUAAAAUCAAACUGCGAUUUAUGGCAGCAGACAACAUGAGGGUUGUAGUGCACGUAGGGGAGAUGAUGCAAGUAGACGUAGCAUAUGGUGGUAAGGACACCACGUUUUAGUGAACAUCUGGUCACCUGAAACGAGACAGAAAACAGUCCAUAUUUUCUACGGGUCUUAUGUACCCAUAAAAAAAAGUAAUGAGAAAAGGCUCAGUGUCUGCCUUUUGCAUGAGGCCAGGAAGGAGACCAGCUGUUGGUGUUUCAUGAAAUAAAAAUGAGCUGAUAUUCUAUGCAGUGAUGUCCAGCACUGGCUUCAAAUCUCAGAUAACAGUUAAAACUAUUUCACUUGACAGCAUCGUGUGCCUUUGCUUUGCUGGGGGUCACUUCACGCUGCAGAGAGCUGACAUGUGCACUACACUGACCACUGUUCGGGAGCGCAGUCACGUCGAAUUUUGUGCUGAGAGUCUCUAGGGACCCCUCCCGGAGGAGCUCGCGUAUAAAACCGGUGACCCGCCCCUCCCGGACAAAGUGAGAACCAGUCUGGCCCGACGCGUUUCUGCUGCGUUUCAUCGGAUGCUCCAGCAGCUCAGCAUCCUCAGCCCUGCCCAACUCAGCGGGAUUAACCCAGUGGCACAGGACGAGUCCGACCGCUCUCCUCCUCCUCCGGGCAGCUCUAUUCCGUAAACAGUGAAUCGUUGGGGGAUCUGCCAUGGCGAACAGAGGGCCCAGUUACGGACUGAGCCGAGAGGUGCAAGAAAAGAUUGAGCAGAAGUAUGACCCUGACCUGGAGCAGCGGCUGGUGGACUGGAUAGUCGCUCAGUGUGGAGGAAACCUGGAGAAACCACAGCCGGGCAAGCAGAACUUCCAGAAAUGGCUGAUGGAUGGGACGAUCCUAUGUAGACUCAUCAACAGCCUUUAUCCGAGGGGAAAGGAGCCCAUCAAAAAGAUCGCAGAGACUCAGAUGGCCUUUAAACAAAUGGAGAAGAUCUCUCAGUUCCUACAAGCAGCCGAAGCUUAUGGAGUCACAACCACUGACAUCUUUCAAACUGUGGACCUCUGGGAAGGGAAGGACUUGGCAGCGGUGCAGAGAACCCUAAUGGCUCUGGGGAGCGUGGCUCUGACAAAGGAUGAUGGUCAAUACAGAGGUGACAGAGACUGGUUCCACAGGAAAGCCCAGGGGUACCGACGAGAGUUCACCGAAGAGCAGCUUCGCCAGGGCCAGAGUUUGAUCGGGCUGCAGAUGGGCAGCAACCGUGGGGCUUCCCAAUCUGAUGUGUUGCAGUGGAAGAAGCUCAAACUAAAGGCUGUGUUUGCGGAUACCCUGGAAUACCGGGAGAUCCUGGACACAACGGGACACCUGGCCGAGAUGGUCGAGAUGGCCUCAGAGGAGAGAAAGGUGAUCAAGGUCAAAUUGGCCCUGCUGGAUCAUCAGGCAGCAAUGGCCACAAGGGAGACAAAGGGGAACUUGGUGCGAUUGGCCCAGCAGGGCUCAAAGGAAAAAGAGGAGAUGAUGGAGAUCGGGGGCCUCCUGGGAAAAUGGGGCCCCAAGGAGUGCAAGGCCCUAUGGGCUUGAAAGGGAAUAAGGGAGAGCUUGGUCUGCCUGGAGCCCAAGGACCCAAAGGAGAUUUGGGGCCUCUCGGACCAAUGGGCCCCAAAGGGGAAAUUGGUCUCAGAGGUGACAGAGGCAUUCAGGGACCACUGGGACCCCCAGGGAAGCCGGGCCCUCAG